AUGGAUGAAGAGACAGUCCGGGAAAAAGAUGGUGAUGAUGAUGAAGGUGGUGAUGAUGAACGAGAGGAUGGUGUAAAUGCAGAGGAGGAUGGUGAUGAUGAACGAGAGGAUGGUGCCAGAGAGGAUGAUGAUGAUGCAGGAGAGGAUACUGAUAAUGCAGGAGAGGAUGAUGAUGAUGCAGAAGAGGAUGCUGAUAAUGCAAGAGAGGAUGCUGAUGAUGCAGGAGAGGAUGAUGAUAAUGCAGGAGAGGAUGUUUUCAUGCAAGGGAGGAUGGAUGCUGAUGAUGCUGGAGAGGAUGAUGAUGAUGCAGGGGAGGAUGGUGAUAAUGCAGGAGAGGAUGCUGAUGAUGCAGGAGAGGAUGAUGAUGAUGCAGGAGAGAAUGCCGAUAAUGCAAAGGAGGAUGGUGAUGAUGCAGGAGAGGAUACUGAUAAUGCAGGAGAGGAUGAUGAUGAUGCAGGAGAGGAUACUGAUAAUGCAGGAGAGGAUGAUGAUGAUGCAGGAGAGGAUACUGAUAAUGCAACAGAGGAUGAUGAUGAUGCAGGAGAGGAUACUGAUAAUGCAAGAGAGGAUGAUGAUGAUGCAAGGGAGGAUGGUGAUGAUGCAGGAGAGGAUGAUGAUAAUGCAGGAGAGGAUACUGAUAAUGCAGGAGAGGAUGAUGAUGAUGCAGGAGAGGAUACUGAUAAUGCAGGAGAGGAUGAUGAUGAUGCAAGGGAGGAUGGUGAUGAUGCAGGGGAGGAUGGUGAUAAUGCAGGAGAGGAUGAUGAUGAUGCAGGGGAGGAUGGUGAUAAUGCAGGAGAGGAUGCUGAUGAUGCUGGAGAGGAUACUGAUAAUGCAAGAGAGGAUGAUGAUGAUGCAGGAGAGGAUACUGAUAAUGCAAGAGAGGAUACUGAUAAUGCAGGAGAGGAUGCUGAUGAUGCAGGAGAGAAUGCUGAUAAUGCAGGAGAGGAUGCUGAUGAUGAUAAUGAGCCUAUGACUGCUGCUUACUGCGACAACACGUCUACUGGAGUUGCUUUGAAAAUACAUGAUGAUGAUGAUGAUGAUGAUGACGAUGGUGAUAAUGAUUUUGCAUUUCAUAAGUGA